AUGCACUCGAAAGAAGAUUUGAGUUAUACCCAAAAAGAUUCCCCCACAGUUCUCGAAACUCUACGUGAAAUAGAGGAGCUUGACUCAACCGGCAUCUUGAAAUGCGUAGACCAGCACAUGGUGGGGACAUAUAACGCUAUUACUCGGGCAGCAAAGUUGGGCGCAUCUAGGUUAUUAAGCUUUGACGAGCUGCCGAAAGAAUGGCAAGAGAAUCCGUACAUUCGCUCGGGCUAUCGCUUUCUGACUACCAAACGAGCAUGUCUACAAUCAAUCUUCUACCUCCAUAACGAAACAUGUAAUAUCUGGACUCAUCUGAUUGGAUUUAUAUUCUUUCUGUGUUUGGGCAUAUAUACCGUAAACACACAUCUGAAAGAAGCAUCUGCAUUUGAUAAGGUUGUUUUCGGAGCAUUUUUCAUUGCUGCUGCUAAAUG